AUGGAGUCUAUCGAAUUGGAUCACCAGCAACUCGAUGAAAUGACCAUGGCCGGCUCUCCUUACGAAGUCAUGGCCGACUCUCCUUACGAAGUCAUGGCUGACUCUCCUUACGAAGUCAUGGCCGACUCUCCUUACGAAGUCAUGGCCGACUCUCCUUACGAAGUCAUGGCAGACUCUCCCUACGAAGUCAUGGCCGACUCUCCCUACGAAGUCAUGGCCGACUCUCAUUACGCAGUCAUGGCCGAAGCACCUUUGGCUGGCCCUCUUUAUUCUUUCGGCGGCAUCACCUCAUCAACAAUACUUGCCUCUAUUGAGACUCCAGAGGACUGGGAAGAUUCAAGCUACCAGGUCUCAACCAGAGAGACCCCCAUCAAAGAAGAGACUCCCAUCAAGGAAGAAAUUACCACCAAUGAAGAGAUUUUCCUCUACGACGCUCCUCUCAGAGAAGGGACUCCUAUCCAACAAGAGUUCGAGGACACUCCCCUGGAAGAUAUCCCACUACAAUAUAUCUCACUCCGAGAUGUCAGAGAAGGGACUCCCAUCAAACAAGAGUUCGGAGACAUUCCCGUCCAAGAUAUCCCACUCCAGGAGGCCUCAGACGAAGAGCCCUCGGACGAAGGAGCGUCAGGAGACGACGACAGCGACGACGAAGACGAAAUGUUCACCAAAGACAACCGGUGCCUACUGUGCCUCAAGUCGUGCACCUACAACAACAGGGCAGACCACCGAAGAAUUCACUGCCUCCAAGGCCCUCAGGGCGUGGCAGUCCCCUCCAACAAAAGAUGCAAAUGCUGCGCCAUCCGCGGCGAACAAUGCAUCGUGGCAAAGGAGCCGUGCCGCAAGGGGCUCAACACUGUCCAGUGCCUGAGAUGCAUCAGCAACCACCGAGUUUGCUCCUUCAAGAAGGCUUUCAAGCGCCUCCGGAUCCGCAGUCUCCGCUGCCACCCAGCAAGCUUGGCAUGA